AUGGCUGUCGCUUUCUUAUCGGAAAAGGCAUCGUCGCCAUAUCGCCGUCCGGCAGUAUUUGCCGCUUUUGUUCUUGUCUUUUUUAUCAUCUUGGAGACUUUUUAUUUAUAUUCCAGCGCGUGGACACCUGCACACGGGUUGUUACCCUCCGAAACGACAUCGACCGGGGCAUCACCAGAAACGUCAGUCCAUGCACCAAAAAAACAGAAGCACAAGCAGAAACCGAAACCCGCACCCAUCAAGACGUCACAGCUUCACUUCCUCCUUCCGGCAUCCGAUCCAAAUGACAUGGUCUGCGCCAUCAUCGCCUCAGCCCUUGCGAACCGAUAUCCCGCUCCCUACAUGAUCGGUUGGAAGGGAGAGGGCAAGUACAACGCUUCCGCCGCUCACACUGCAAAACUCUACUCCAUCAAGAAAUAUCUCGACGAGCUACCCAACGGUGGUGAUGAUGAUGACCUGGUCUUCUUUGGCGACGGCUACGAUGUCAUGGCUCAACUUCCCGUAGAGGUCGUCAUUGAUCGCUACUUCAAGGUUACUGCUGACGCAGACCAACGCUUGGCAGACCGUUUCGGUAUCACCGUCCAAGAAGCCCACAAGCGUGGUCUCAAGCAGACGCUCUUCUGGGGCGCCGACAAGAUGUGCUGGCCAGCCCUCGGAGAAGAUCAGUGCACAAAGAUCCCCGGUUCUCAUCUUCCCAACACCGUCUACGGACCCAAGACCGGCAACGGUGAUGCAACAUAUCGCGAUGCCAAGUUCUUCAACUCGGGAAGUGUCAUUGGUCCAGUCGGCGACCUGCGCAAGUUCAUCGAGGCCGGUAUCGCCAGCUUGGAAGAUACUUUCGAUCCCAACUUCAAGUACAAGACUUCAGACCAGAUCUACCUCGCCCGUCUGUACGCUCGCCAAGAAAUGUCCCGCGCCAGGCAGAUUGAGUACGAGCUCCGCAACCUUGACAAUACCUUUGGCGAAAACAACACCACCAACCCUUUUGCGUUAGAUGCAGCCGAGUAUCACGUCGCAAUCGAUUACGAGUCGGACUUUGUGCAAACCGGAUGCUUCGCCCACAAGUGGAUGCAAAAGCUAAACUACAACAACACCGAUAACACUGCGACAAUGUCCAAGGAUCUUUUCGAACAGGGCAAAACCUUCAAGCCCUACAAGAUCCAGCUGCCCGCCAACGUGUACCGCUCCUUCAUCCGCGUCUUCAAGUCGCUGUCUGACGAUGCCACCAACAAGUCUGCGCGUGACUGGAUCGCCAGCCUCCCGCUCGACACCAACGUAGCUACACGUAGAAUCUUUGGUUUCUACCACGCCACGUGCAGCAAGCGCCAGCUCAUCAACGACUUUAAGAAGUACUGGUUCCACCCGUACAUCGUGCCUCUGAUGCAAGCAAGCUUCCAGGCCGCCAAGAAGGACGAGCCCAUCACCGACAACCUCAUCGACGGGCGCAAGUGGGUGUACAAGACGGUGUUUCCCUCGGAUGGAGCCCCUGAGGAUGUGCUCGGCGGUGUCUUGACAGAUUACAAGGACGAGGCUUAUAUUCCCUUUUCGACGUUAUGUCAAGCCUCAUCGCAUAUUCUCGAUAAAUAA